CACGGGUUGUGUAAUUUCUUUUGCCCGUCGCCAAGCAAGAAGAGUAUUCACCCGUGCCGCCACAGCGGGAUUCUGUUGAAUGCCCAACUCCUUUCAGAGAGUCAAAGUGCUUAUUCGCCUAUCACUUGUCAAUGUCACAGCUAGCGCGUGUUGGCGACCACGGUGGGCUCCCCACCAUCAACCCCAUUCGCCGUUGACUAGCUCGACGUGCAAGCUGACCAUGCGAACUCAAGACACUUGUCUCUUGAUUGCCUCGCACAAGAGCCGGGAAUCCCGGACAGGCGCAUGUUCUGUGCAAGGGGCACGUGGAAAGCCACAAACCGUUCUUCGCUUGAAAUAUGCGGCACGCCUCCUCGUUGUUGCACCAGGCGCGAUUCGAAAGGUAAUCAUCUGCCGACCUUCAUCGAUCUUCUCAUAUUCGCCGUCCAAUGUGAAGCCAAGAACGAAUUUCUGCGCUCGACUGCUUCAGUGCCAAUUGCUUGUCAACUUUCCAAUCCAACUCAACAGUAAUUAUAAGGUGAUCAGAUGGCACUUAGCGGCUGGUCUGGGCAUUCGGCUCUUGUUGAAGACGGCAAGAAGCGGGAGCUGGCGCCGCCAGAAAUUGCGGUAGUCGAUCGAUCCGACAACAGGCCUUCCGGCACAUACGUAGCGAUUCCUAUUUCGACGGAGCCCAUGGCCUCCAGGAACAAACGAUCGUGGUUCCGGCGAUACUGGAUUUUCGUGCUGGCAAUGGCGAUCCUCAUCGUUGGUGGCAUCAUCGCCGGAGCCGUUGGAGGAAUUGCUGCUUCUCACCAGGCAGAACAGAGGGGUUCUGAUUGAGCCUGUGAAGAACAAGAGGAAAUUUGAAUCGAAUUUGCAGAACUGCGGGCUAUGUAAGUCAUUCGAAUGAACCGCCCGGCUUAUG